UCAUGAAACGGUGAUACGGGGUGACCAGGAGUCAGGAAAAUCGAUCGCUGGUCCGCAUGAACUUCCUGCGGUCAACUCUGUUCUGACUAAAAAACUCGCAUAGAGUCGGACUCGGUGUGUGCAGAAACAUGGACCCGCUAGUGUACCUGUCCGGUGCGCUCGUGCUGUUCCUGCUGUGGAUCAGAGUCAAAGGUGUGGAUUACGUGAUCGUGCAUCAGAGAUGGAUCUUCGUGUGUCUCUUUCUGCUGCCUCUUUCCGUUAUUUUUGAUGUUUAUUAUUAUGUCCGCGCGUGGAUCAUCUUUAAGAUGUGCUCUGCGCCAAGACUGCACGAGCAGCGCGUCCGCGACAUCCAGCGACAGGUGCAAGAGUGGAGGAAGGACGGCAGUAAGACCCACAUGUGUACAGGUCGCCCUGGCUGGCUCACCGUGUCCCUCAGAGUCGGAAAAUACAAGAAAACAAACAAAAACAUCAUGAUCAACAUGAUGGACAUCCUGGAGGUGGACACAGAGAAGCAGGUGGUGAGAGUGGAGCCGCUGGCCAACAUGGGUCAGGUGACCGCUCUCCUAAACUCUAUUGGCUGGACGCUGCCGGUGCUGCCCGAGCUCGAUGACCUCACAGUGGGUGGUUUGGUGAUGGGAACAGGCAUCGAGUCGUCCUCUCAUAUUUACGGGUUGUUUCAGCACAUCUGUGUCGCAUUUGAGCUGGUUCUGGCUGAUGGCAGCUUAGUGCGCUGCACUGAGGAGGAGAACUCUGACCUGUUCCACGCCGUCCCGUGGUCCUGUGGGACUCUGGGCUUCCUGGUUGCAGCUGAGAUUAAAAUAGUUCCUGCUAAGUCCUGGGUGAAGCUGCGAUACGAGCCGGUGCGAGGACUGGAGAACAUCUGCAAACGUUUCGCUGAAGAAUCGGGAAACAAGCAGAACACGUUUGUAGAAGGUCUGCAGUACAGUCUGGACUCUGCUGUCAUCAUGACGGGAACCAUGACGGACGAGGCAGAGCCUGAUAAGAUUAACAGGAUCGGCCUGCACUUUAAACCCUGGUUCUUCAAACACGUGGAGAGCUUCCUGAAAGGUGACGACACGGGAGUGGAAUACAUUCCUCUGAGACAGUACUACCACAGACACACACGCAGCAUCUUCUGGGAGCUUCAGGAUAUAAUCCCCUUUGGGAACAACCCGGUGUUUCGUUGGCUGUUUGGGUGGAUGGUUCCUCCUAAAAUCUCUCUGCUGAAGCUCACUCAGGGAGAAACCAUUCGACGUCUUUAUGAGCAGCACCACGUGGUCCAGGACAUGCUGGUACCCAUGAAGAAUCUGCAGGCUGCAAUAACACGCUUCCACGAGGACAUCCACGUGUAUCCUCUGUGGCUGUGUCCGUUCCUGCUCCCCCCCGGCAGGGGGAUGGUUCACCCCAAAAGUGGGGAGGAAGAGCUGUACGUGGACAUCGGGGCUUAUGGGGAGCCGAAAGUCAAACACUUUGAAGCUAAAGCAUCGACGCGUCAGCUGGAGAAGUUUGUCAGAGACGUGCAUGGCUUCCAGAUGUUGUAUGCAGACGUGUACAUGGACAGAGAGGAGUUUUGGGAGAUGUUUGAUGGUCGGCUGUAUCACAGACUGAGAGACGAGCUCGGCUGUAAGGACGCCUUCCCAGAGGUGUACGACAAAAUCUGUAAAUCUGCACGACACUGACCGUCACGGGGAGCCUCAGCAGCAGGUUGCUGGACGUUUCACAAAAAAAAAAAAAAAAAAAAAAAAACUGUUUCACACAAAGAUCUAACUAGUUAUUUUUAUCUGAAGUGAAAAUAAAUAUAGAACAGUAAUACAAGCUUAAAGAUCAUGUUCUUUUGACAACCAGACAUUGUCUGAAGAGAUAUCCAUGUAAAGCUCAAGUAUGGUGAUGCUUUCAAGUGAUGAAUGUAUGCUGUCUCCAUUCUUUCUGUUUUUAAGCUUUUAUUCAGCCAUGAGCUGCUUGAUUCCAAACCCUCUUUGUAACUUAUACCACUGUUUUUCACAACUCGUGACUAGACUUGUAUUGGAGCACUGAUGACCUGGACUUUGAGUCAGACUUGAGCAUUAGCUGCAUUUGGACUCGGAGGAUGAAGAGGAGGACUCCAUCUUUUUAUUGAUAAAGACUGUGUAAUAGUUUUAUUUUUUAAUAAGGCUCUGAUCAUUAGAGUGAAGGCUGACACGUAAAUGACGAUGGACAUGAGGUUUAAUAUCCCUCUUCUAGUCUUCUGACUACUUAAAGCGCUUUUAUACCGCAGGUCAUGCCGACACAUUCACACACUGACGGCAGAGGCUGCUAUGUAAAGCAUCCAUCAGUAUUAACUCAUCCAUUCAUACACAUUCACAUGGCUCAAUUCAUUUUAUAGGGUCCAGCCACGGCCGGAAAAACCUACAAAUAUAGUGCAAAGUCAGUACACAAUAAUCAUUUAUGUUCCGUCACUGCAUCGAUGCACAAUCGUCCACAUCGCGAUGCGUCAUAGAAACGGUUCAUUUCGACACUCUUACUGCACACAUGGAAACAUUUACUGAUUCUGUAAACAGCUUCUCUAAUCUUUUAAUAUGAAAAGUUGUUGAACACAUUCAUUCAACAAUACAACACGUAAAGUCAUCUUCUGGAAAGCUUGCUCUGCUCAACACAAUUACAUUUUAUUUGUCUCAGUUUUAACAGUAUCACACCCACUCAGACUGAGGUACAGUAUAAACAUGAAGACUGACAGAUAGUAGAGAGUUGAAGCUCAGGUAAGAGGGCCAAGGUGGAAAAAAGAAGCUCAUCUUGGAACACGGCUCAGACAAAUGUAAGAAGACGGACUCAGGGAAUGGGGACUCGACUACAACACUGACCUAUAACUCAUGUUACCUUCUAACACCGUGUUUUCUUUUUUUUUUCUAUUUCACGAAAGACCUUUUGUAAGUUUUUCUGCAAACCUUUAAUGAACAGGUCAGCCUUUCCUUCUGUUUCCCAAGUGCCAUAAACAGAAACUGAAUCUAAUUUGUAGGGCUGCUAAAGAAACUAUUUUUACAGCAUGUUUUUGUAACGUAUAUUACAAUAGUGAAAUGGUUCACUUCUGCUUCACAAGAGUUAUAUUCUGUGAAAAGAAGAUCAAACCAUGAUGAUGUAACAUUUACAAACACCUAGAGAUAAUUUGUCUUCAGGGCACCUUUGCAGGAAAGCUGAACUAUUUUUAACAUGGCUGUGUCACUGAUUUUAGAGAUUUCAUUAGUGGACAUAUUGAGAUUGAAUGAGAUUUGAAAUAAUUGUGCAGCCCUACAAAUUAGCAAAGGACACAUUUUUUAGACAGUCUAUACACUUUAGAGAUACAUGUGUGAUUUUUUUAAUCAAAGGAAAUAGUAAAAAUCUAAUUUUGUAUCAGCCUGUUCAUAAACAACAUUGUGGAAGGACUUCAAUAAUCUGUAAAGCACUAAGAUCAUAGAUGUGAUUAUUUCUGUGUACAAAAGUCUUGUAGCUCUGUGAAAAAAAAACAAUAAAGAGGAUGUGAUUCAUCUAA